GGUUGACAAGGUUUCCUCCGGAGUCUCGGCUGGCGAACUAACUGAGCCGGAAGAGCUAGCUCCAAAUUCUCAUACGUUCAAGACCAAAACCUUCAAGAAAGCCAAAGUUUGUAACAUCUGCAAGCAAGUGAUUGACCAGCAAGGCAAUGUGUGCAGAGUUUGCAAAUAUGCCUGCCACAAGAAAUGUGAAUCAAAGGUGGUGACGCCCUGCUUCCUGCCAGUCAACUAUCCAUUGCUCGAUCACUCAGACUCUUUUGUAAACCAUGUAACCAGAACGACAUCCAGCAGUUUUUUGAAAAGCUCGUCUUUCUGUUGUGACAAACUCUCCGAAACUGCCGACUUUGAUCACAUGAUGGAGGAGGGUUACGAACUGGACUUGACUUACAUCACAGAGCGGAUCAUUGCCCUCUCCUUCCCAGCCAGCUGCUCGGAGGAGACCUACCUGCACAACCUCCAGGAUGUGACGCGGAUGCUCAAAUCCAAACAUGGGGACAACUACCUGGUGUUAAAUCUCUCGGAGAAAAGAUUUGACCUUGCCAAACUUAACCCAAAGAUAAUGGAUGUGGGUUGGCCUGACCUGCACGCUCCGCCGCUGAAUAAAGUGUGCACUAUUUGCAAGGCCAUGGAAUCCUGGCUGAACAGCGAUUCGCAGCACGUGGUGGUGAUCCAUUGCCGAGGUGGAAAAGGAAGAGUUGGAGUAGUGAUAUCAUCAUAUAUGCAUUUCACAAAUGUGUCUGCAAGUGCGGAUCAAGCCCUAGACAGGUUCGCCAUGAAGAAAUUCUUUGAUGAUAAAGUUUCCGCUUUAAUGCAGCCGUCUCAGAAAAGGUAUGUGCACUUUUUGAGUGGCCUCCUCUCCGGGUCUGUGAAAAUGAACACCACCCCUCUCUUCCUGCACUAUGUCAUCUUGCAUGGAAUCCCGAGCUUUGAUGCUGGCGGAGUUUGUCGGCCAUUUCUGAAGUUGUACCAAGCCAUGCAGCCAGUUUAUACGUCAGGAGUAUAUAGCGUGGGGCCAGAAAACCAAGGCAGAAUCUGCAUUGCUAUAGAACCAGCCCAGCUUCUGAAGGGAGAUAUUAUGGUGAAGUGCUACCACAAGAAAUACCGAUCAGCCACUCGCGACGUCGUCUUCCGCUUGCAGUUCCACACGGGUGCCGUUCAGGGCCACGGCCUGGUGUUUGGCAAAGAGGACUUGGACAACGCAAACAAAGAUGACCGUUUCCCUGACUAUGGAAAGGUUGAACUGGUGUUUUCAGGAUCCCCAGAGAAAAUCCAAGGGUGUGAACACCUGCAGAACGACCAGGGGGUGAUAGUGGAUUACAACACCUCGGAUCCCUUGAUUCGAUGGGAUUCUUAUGAAAAUAUGAGCCCUGAUGGUGAAGUCUUGCAUACCCAGGGCCCCAUUGAUGGAAGCCUCUACGCAAAAGUGAGGAAGAAGAGCUCCUCGGAUAACAGCAUUCCCAGCGGAGCCCCGAGUGCCGUGACCGGUAGCCCCGACCACGGCGACCACACUCUCUCAGUCAGCAGCGACUCUGGUCACUCCACCGCUUCCAUAAGGACAGACAAAACCGAAGACCGCCCCUCUCCGGGAACCAAGAGACUGUUGAGCCCCCAAGAGAAGGAGGAGUUGGACCAGUUGCUCAGCGGCUUUGGCCUGGAGGACUCCGUCGGUCCCCUCAAGGAUAUGACCGAUGCCCCAAGCAAGUACAGUGGGACUCGCCACAUCGUGCCAGCCCAAGUCCACGUGAAUGGAGACGCCAAGCACAGGGACAGGGAAACGGACAUUCUGGACGAUGAGAUGCCCGGCCAUGACCUCCACAGCGUGGACAGCAUCGGGACCUUGUCUUCAUCCGAAGGGCAGCAUUCCAACCACCUCGGGAACUUCAGCUGCCACAAGAGCAGCCAGAACUCCCUUCUGUCGGACGGAUUUGGAAGCAAUCCCGGGGAAGAGCACCACAGCGCCCUGGCUCCAGAUCUUGGAAUUAGCGUAGACCCCAUGUACGAGAGGUCCUUUGGAAACGCCGAGCCAAAGCCGUCUCAGCAACUGCCGAGGAAUCCCCCGGUCUCCGCUCAGCCUCUGGCCUACAGCCCCAGUAGCUAUUCGACCCAGACGUGGGUGCGCCAGCAGCAGAUGGUAACUGCUCAUCAGUAUGCCUACUCCCCGGACAGCGAGGUUAGACUCGGUCUUCACAAUUCAGCAGAGAAAUCAGGCAACCCACAGAGCCAGGCCAGAGUUCCGGAUACGCCUGCCCGGGGCUCCAGCAGCAGAGAUGCCGUGCAGAGAGGGCUGGGAAGCACGCCUCCUUCCAACGAGACGGCGGAAUCCCCUAGCCCUGAAGUUUUGAAAUCCAGAUUAGGCCCCGAGAAGGUCACGAAUGAUGUCGACCUGCCGUUGAAUGCGGGAAACAACUCGGGGGGCUUUCCCUCCUCCCCCACUCUGGAUAUUGACCAGUCGAUCGAGCAGCUGAACAGGUUGAUUUUGGAGUUGGACCCGACAUUUGAGCCGAUCCCCACCCGCAUAAAUGCUGUCGGCAGACACACAGGCCAACUGAAUGGGUUUGCCAGCCCUGAAAUAGACACGGGAGGUCUCGGGAUGAGCCCCGGAUUCCAUGGGAAAACAGAAGUCUCCAACAGGAAUGUGCCCCAGCAGGGAUCCCAGGGGGACUGUGUAUUAGGGGGACGAAGCAGGAAGUUAAGUUUUGGCCAGUAUGACAACGAUGUUCCAGCACAACCACUGUAUGCAAAGUGUGGAUGGACAAAAUCGGCUGCCGUUGACCAUCCCAAAAGUCCAGGACCUGCAGUCCGUGGAGGGGAGAACAAAGAGCUGGGGGCCGCGUGCUACCACGAAAACCUGCAUGAAGCCGACGGCGGGAUCUUCUCACCAACCAAGAAUGGAAAUGAAUCAACCCCGGCUACUCCAGCAUUCCCGGUGACGCCGGAGACGCCGUAUGUGAAAACUCCCCUGCAUUUCCAGCAAUUGCUUCCAUCUGGCAAUCAGAGCUGCCUCUCAGCAGAGAGCUAUAGGACUACUCAUGAACCUCGAGGUUAUCUGGAAGUCCUCAACCACUCGGUCGUGAUGUCCGACAGCCCUCUGGGACCCAGCCCUGCUUUGUUGCGGUCCGACGCACAGACAAAUCCUUCCUAUCAGCGGCCUUGUGGGGCCCCUGGCGACGUUUCGAACAGCAGCCCUGUCUCGAAAGGAGAGAGUCCUCCUGCAGAUGAACACAGCUGGCAACAAAACAGUUCUAAAUCCUCCAUGAUGCCCCAGUUUUCGGGAAAGAGCAACAGCCGACCUGUUGGAAGUUAUUUUGCAACUCUGGAGUCUGCGGCCGCCAUGCAAGAGGGCUCACUUGCAUCCCAGUACCACCCCAAGGGCGUCCAGACAGUCUCAUUGAGCACCCAGGAGAGUUCAUCAGCUGGGCUGCAACAGGAUUCCGGGGCUAAUACCAACGUUCGAGCUUUUCUGAGUUAUGGUGGAGCCACCACCAUCGAGGCCCAGCCUCUGGGGGAAAAGCAAACUGUUUUCGUGGUGAAUGCGAAUGGAUCUCCCCAAUCUGCAAGAUCACCAGCGGACAGUGGCUUUUUGUCCGACAGCUUCCUUGCAUCUGCUCCUGGACACAGCAGCCAGAACAGUCCAAGCCAGCAAAAUAACAUGACAAACGCUCACCCGCAACCCCCUCUUCCGGAGAAGAAGAGGGGUUCGGAGGGGGAACGUUCUUUUGGCUCCGUCUCCCCUUCUUCGAGCGGCUUCUCCAGCCCCCAUAGCGGCAGCACCAUCAGCAUCCCGUUUCCAAAUGUUCUGCCCGAUUUCACUAAAGCUUUGACCACUUCUCCGUUGCCAGAGAAUGCGAGUGAUAAACACGUGACCGUGAAAUUUGUUCAGGACACGUCCAAGUUCUGGUACAAACCAGAGAUUUCCAGAGAGCAAGCCAUUGCCGUCCUGAAGGAGAGAGAGCCGGGGUCUUUUGUGGUCCGUGACAGCCACUCCUUCAAGGGAGCCUACGGCCUCGCCAUGAAAGUGGCCAUCCCGCCGCCUUCAGUGCUGCAGCUCAACAAGAAAGUUGGAGAUCUGUCCAGUGAGCUUGUCCGGCAUUUCCUGAUCGAGUGCACCCAUAAAGGAGUGAGGUUAAAAGGAUGCCCCAAUGAGCCAUAUUUUGGGAGCUUGACGGCUUUGGUGUACCAGCACUCCAUCACUCCUCUGGCCCUGCCCUGCAAGCUUCUCAUCCCAGACCGAGAUCCGCUGGAGGAGAUGUCCGAGAGCUCCCCGCAGACUGCCGCAAACUCAGCUGCAGAGCUUCUGAAGCAGGGGGCAGCCUGCAACGUUUGGUACCUGAAUUCCGUGGAAAUGGAGUCGCUCACAGGUUACCAAGCUGUGCAGAAGGCUUUGAGUCUGACGCUGGUGCAAGAGCCGCCACCCAUCUCGACAGUGGUCCAUUUCAAAGUGUCUGUGCAGGGCAUCACGCUGACGGACAACCAGAGGAAGCUGUUCUUCAGAAGGCACUAUCCAGUCAACACGGUGAUUUUCUGCGCUUUGGACCCGCAGGACAGGAAGUGGACGAAAGACGGGCCUUCAGCAAAGGUCUUUGGCUUUGUCGCGAGGAAACAAGGCAGCGCCACGGACAACGUGUGCCACCUGUUUGCAGAGCACGACCCGGAGCAGCCUGCCAGCGCCAUCGUAAACUUUGUAUCAAAGGUCAUGAUAGGUUCCCAGAAGAAGAACUGAAAACGGUCCUUCGGGAGCUCCCGGGAAGGUGGCCGGGAUGAAGCUGGUCUCUGCACCUCAUCAUUUCCCUGGAAGACAUUUUUUUUUCUGCAUAGCAAUACAAGGAGCGCGUUUUAUAGCAAUACCGGAAGCCCGUUCUUUGAUAAACUUAUCGGAUCAUUUGCAGCGUUUGGGGGAGAAAGGAGCCGGAAGCCCGCUUUGGAACCAGCCAUGGGAAAGAAGAGGGAAGUUGAGAGUUGAAGUCCACUUCCUAGCAGUUUUCAGCCUUCUGAUUUGUUUCCUCCGGGUAGGGGGUAGGGGUGGGAGCCUGCGGGUGAGAUGGCGGAGAAGCUGUUCUCCCAUUCAGCAAGGCAGAUCGUUCUGGUGUGCACAUCUUACUAGAAGGAUUUGCACGCUCUGAGGGUGGAACUCUCCAUUGUAAAGGAAUUGCAGAGCCCCUAACUGCAGUGUAGAGGGACACUGGCAAGGGAGAAUUGGCAGAUGACAGCACACAGGCCAGAAACCCUUCCACUGUCCACUUCCCCAAAAAUGCCCCCGCAAACAUUGCUUUAAAAUCUUUUCUUUCCUCAUAAACCAGAAGUAAGGCCCAGCCGGUAGUCUGUGGGGAGUGCAUUUGUAGCAGAGAAUCAGUGCGUACGCGUGUGGUUAUAAUGAGCAUCUUUUCCCUUUGUCCAUGCUUCCCCUUUGCGAGCACCUGCCUUUGCAUUUGCGUUAUCUUUGGAAAGUGGGUUUGGGAGCACGCCUCAACCGGGCUGAUGGACUUCUGCUGCUAAAUGCUUGGCCAUAGUUCCAUCGAUGGUAGCUGUAGUUCCUUCGGGCUCUUCCUUUUGUUUUUAUGACAGCAAUAGAAGUCAAGCUUAAAGGGGAAUAAGGUAUGUGUGGAGGAGAUUGAUGCAGGUUCGUUUGGGAAGGUGCAGAGAGAGAGAGAGAGAGGAGGGAGGGAGGAGGGAAAGCCAGCAAGUGAGAAAGAUGUGGUUCGGGAGAUUUGCCUUGUGCGUGUAAGCGUAAGAAAGACUUUGGGCUUGCUUGAGGGCUAGAGGGGUUGGUGAACAAGGCAAAACGAGAGACGGGGAGGGAAAUGGGUGGUGCGUUUGUUUUAAUGUUGCUGCGUUUAUAUGAAGAAUUAAGCAGGGAAAGUGACGUUUUUGAUUGCAGGAUAAAAAUGAGGGAAAAGCACAUCGAAAAUAGUAUAUUAUAGAUGUAUUUUUGUGCUUUUGCCAGAUUAUUUAUAGUGUAAAAUGGAUCUCGGUAUGUUGUAUAGAUGUCCUGAAUCUGGACAUGUUGUUGAGCUUUGCUGACUUAGACUCUCCCAAAGUCCAGCUUUGACAUUGGCCGUUUGUUUUUGCUCAGCCUCGUGUGAAAGACCCACACACGGCUCUCGUCAGUGCGUCGGCCAGCCUGCUUGUGCUUUGCAGUAAAAAUAGGGUUUUCAUAUUCUCACUGUAAAAAAAAAAAAGUGGGGAAGUCCACUUACUUUUGCAGAAAGCGCAUUCCUAUCAUUUUCUACUUUUAAAAGCAACUACACUACUGUACAGUUUUUUUUAUUUUGAAAUAGCAGUUUAUGCGAAUGGGUUUUAGGAUAAUCUUUUUUCAAAAAGAAAAAAACCCACCAAAAACUGGGAUUUUUUUUUUUUUAGAGUCCCAAAGGGAGUAAUCUGUAUUUUUGGUGCACUUAUUGGGUAUUCUGAGAAUUGUUAUGCCCUUCUUGGACAAUCUGACGCAUUUCAUGUGACCUCAUAGCCUCAAUGCGGAGUAUUUUUAGACGCUUCCAAAGGCUUUUUUUUAAUGUUCAGAGAUUGGCUUUGGUGUCGCUUGAGAAUCGUUCUUGGGGACUCCUUCAUACCCAGAUGUAGCAGACUGGGGAAGCCACCAUCCGAUGGUAUGAUCCCACACUACAAGGGAACACAUCUAGGCAGCUGUAGAGGUAGUGUUGGUGUGUUGGGUUUUCCCAUUCCGUCAGCAUCCCUAGCCCGCUCCGUGUCUGUCUAAGUGAACGAUAAAAGCUUUGGAGUCCAAAUAGAAGAGCAAUUGGACCAUGACGGCCAUGUUUCUCUUGGUGCUGAGGAACAGGCUGAAAUCCAGAACCGGGGGGGGGGGGGGGGGAGAAGAAACAAAUGCAUAUUGACCGAGUACAUUCUAAACAUCGAAGGGCCUGAGGAUGCUCAUGAGAUUUAUGUAUAUUGUGUUGUCUCUAACAUUGGGCUUUUCAGAUGCUGGAAGUGUUGCCUAUCAGUCCACAUUCAGCUUGGACGGAGCGUGCUGGGCUCCAUUUUCUGAACCAUUGGCUGCUUCUAUUGCUUUCCACUUAACUCCUGCAGAAACUGCUCCUUUCAGAGACCGCAUAUAAACACGGCGUCGAGUAUCUUGGAUCUGUUUCGCGAGCAGAGUCCCUUUCCCCUGGCGGAAGGACCCUUCCCCUAAGAUGCAUCUUGCCGACAGAGGGAGGGCCCUUCUGGCCAGAGGAAAGUCCUUCCUUCCAGAGGAAAGUCCUUCCUUCUAGAGGAACAGCUUCACGGGGGCCCAGUCUGUUCUCGCCCAGUUUGUAAUCCCAACACCCUUUGAAAUAGCUUUCUUUGGUUUAGGCAGAAAUAGGAAAAGACUCCUGAGCGUAUCUUUUGGGCAGGGUUUCAUACAGUCGCCAUCUUUCCGCCUGUUUUGAACCUCGUAAGCAAAGCUACUCUUGAAGCACCCAAGACAAGAGACCCCCGUUUAUCGUCCUAUCUAAAACACUCGCCAAGCGAACCAGUUCUGCACAGUUUUUAAGCCUUUGAUGGCAGUUCGGCGGGCUUAGCACCAAUGCUCCCUCUAAGCUGUGGAGUCAUGUGAGCAAAAAUUCUACUUCGUGAGCUACUGGCAUUAAAGUUGUGAGCAAGUGAUUUGGCUACUGCAUAAAUUAGUUUGCUCUGGGGCCAUUUUUUCCUGAGUUAAGACAAAAAUGUGUGAGCCGGCAGCAAAAAAACCCGUGGGCUAGCUCACACUAACUCAGCUUAGAGGGAACGCUGCUUAGCGCUAACUACUUCAGUAGCCAUUCCGGUAGUUCCUUGGGACCAGUUGAAAGCGGGGGUAUACAGAAUUAAGUGUUGAUUAAAUGAAUCCUUGAGAUGCUCCCCUCUCAUUUUCUCCUUUACCAAGCCGGAUGUUCUUUGCAGCUGAUGAAUUCCUCAGUAGGGAGAACGUGACUUCAGCUGUCUACAUUUCACUUCAUCGGCAGGACGGAUAUUGAUUGGAAUCAAGUUUGGUGCUAUAGGCGGUUAGGCUGGUGAGUAAUAGAUCACUUUUGCCGUCUUGAGGUCAUAUUUUGCCUUCACAACGGCCAGUGAAAUAACUCUUCGGGGGACACAAUGACCCCAGCGCUGAGGUGGGGUGGGGGGGGGGGGACACAGAACGUAGAAACUGCAUUGAAUAACGGAUGAAAAAUUGUAACCGAGGGAACCUCUCUGGCCUGCGUAGCACCAUAAUCUCUGUUUUGAUGUACAGAACACACAUGCAACCAUUUAAGCACAGGACACCAGACACACAUUCACUUGACUUGGGAUUGUGGGAACUACAGCGGUGCAUCGAGCACUUUUUGUCUUUCCCAGGUUUUUGACAGUUAUAUGUGUUGAGUCUCACAGGUAAUGCCAGCAAGUUGCCACUUGUAUUUAUCCACGCUCCUAUUAACCUCCUUGUUCAUUGUACUACUGUACUCCUACAGUGUUAAUAUAUAUAUAUGUAUUUUAAAAGAGGCUAAAAGCCAUGGGUGCCUUCUGUUGGGCAUAGCCAUUGCGCGGCUUCCCCUUUAUUUCAGUGAAGCCAUUUGCGGGCCAUGUCCUCUGGAUCGCGUGGCAUGUGUUUGUUUUUUUUAAUAACGAAACCGUUCCUGUUUAUUCGACAGUAUCCGUUUUUUAAAGAAAAGGUUUUCUUAUCUGCCUUAUAUAGUAGCGAUUUUUUUUUGCCUUUCUCCAAAACAUGUAUAAAAAUACCCAUCAUGUAAAUGAAUGUUCUAUAAAUUCUAUGUAUAGUCAUUUAUCUUGGCUUUUUUUUUUUGAAAUGUCUCCUCUAUUCAGAUUCUAAUAAAAAAAAAUAAGAAUUUUAUAAAUCUAA